UGGCUGUCACUGUCAAACACGGACGGUAUAUCGGUCUCGGUGACGUGUAUCAUAAAAAAAAGCCGCAUUAAUUUUAUUUAUUCUUAUUACAAUUGCAUACCUACGCUAUAUUUAUUGACAAAAUGACUUCAUUAGUGUCAAUUAUCCCGAAAUUGUACCAAGAAUAUACAUCUAAAACUUCAAAGAAACUGAAAAUCAUCGACGCUUAUCUUUUAUAUAUAUUUCUAACGGCAGUCAUACAGUUCGUAUAUUGCUGUCUAGUCGGCACGUUUCCCUUCAAUUCUUUCUUGAGUGGCUUCAUAUCCACCGUCAGCUCAUUCGUUCUUGCUGUGUGUUUGAGAUUACAAGUAAAUCCAGAAAACAAGAAUGAAUUCCAAGGUCUGAGUGCUGAGAGAGGAUUCGCCGACUUCAUAUUUGCACAUCUUGUUUUGCACAUUGUAGUCAUCAAUUUCAUAGGUUAAGCAGCCAACAAUAUCGCAAAUUCAUAUUUCUGUAAUAUAUACAUAAUUAAAUAAUUUUUUAAAUACACACUAUAAAUAUAAAAUAGUUCAUUUGC